AUGGCGGAUUAGGAGGUUUCUAGGAGCUAUGGACGGACUGUCUGACUCGGGAGAGAAUGAGAGACCCCGGGGGGUCCGAGUGCUGGGAUCCGAGCCGGUGGAGAAUUACACUGUUUACAUCAUUGAAGUUUAUGUUGGGAUUUACCAUUGGAGGAUAAAGCAUCGCUACAGUGACUUCUAUGAUCUUCAUGAAAAGCUUACGUUGGAGAAUAAAAUUGACAAGAACCUGCUGCCCCCCAAAAAAAUCAUUGGGAAGAACUCAAAAAGUUUUGUGGAAAGGAGACAGAAAGACUUGGAAGUUUACUUGCAAACCCUCCUGGCACAGUUCCCAACAGCUGUGCCGAGACCACUGGCACAUUUCCUGAACUUUCACUCCUAUGAAAUGAAUGGCAUUGCGGCAGUUCUUGCAGAGGAGCUGUUUAACCAAGGUGAACAGCUGCUGUCCACUGGAGAAGUUUUUAUUCUUAGGCCUCUGCAGCUCUAUGCUGUGACGCAGCUCUUACGAAAUGCGAAACCUGCAUGGGCUAACGGAGAUGCCAAAACCGAUUUGGGGCAUAUUCUGGAUUUUACUUGUAGACUGAAAUAUUUAAAGGUAGUGGGCACACAAGGUCCCGUUGGAACAAGUAAUAUACAGGAGCAUUUACUGGCAUAUGAUUUGUCUAUAUUUAAAUCUCUUUGUCAAAUAGAGAUUAGUCACUGUGAUGCGAGAAAUCUCUCCGGUUUGAACUCUUGCAAGAAUACUUUAGCCACAAUGACCGUUCAGUUUUCGACAUCAUCAAUGAAGGAUAUCAUAGUGCCAGAAGCUUUGGAGUUUGCGGACUGGGAACCAGAGGGCACAUCGUCACAAUGUCCUAUAACAGCGGUUGUACCAAAAUGGAAAGCACUGACCACACUUGAUAUGAGCCACAAUAAUAUCUGCGUUAUCGACGACUCUGUGAAACUAAUUCCACAGAUUGAAUAUCUUGCUUUGAGUCACAAUGCCAUAACAUCAGUUGAGAAUCUACAGUACUUGUACAACCUGGUGCACUUGGACCUUUCCUAUAACAAGCUCUCGACUCUGGACAAGAUCCAUACGAAACUCGGAAACAUCAAAACGCUGAACUUAGCUGGGAAUCUGUUGGAGAGUCUCAGCGGCCUUCACAAGUUAUAUUCCCUCGUUAAUCUGGACAUCAGUAACAACAAAAUCAAAGAGCUUGACGAUAUAAAGCACAUAGGACAACUGCCCUGUAUUGAAAACGUCAACCUGACCCACAAUCCCCUGACGAUCAUUCCGGACUAUAGGACUAAAGUUCUCGCACAGUUUGGGGAGAGAGCAUCUGAGGUCUGCCUGGAUAAUACAUGUACCACAGAGAAGGAGUUGGACACUGUAGAAGUUCUGAAAGCCAUCCAGAAAGCCAAGGAAACCAAAUCGAAAUUAAUGAAUUCUGAUAAAAAGAUGAGUGGUGAUUCGCGGCUAACUGCGGCCAGAUCCACAGCGUCCUCUUCCUUUCCUGCAAACGCUUCCUCUCCUCUGUCUCCAUCUGUUAGCCGCAGCCAAGAUCAAAACACAGCAGUAGGCAACAGAAUAUCUGUACCCAGCAUUUGUAAUCCUGCUGAUUAUACUGGUUCACAAGUAAAACCUGAUGGUCAGGAAGAGAGAGAACCCAUUGAGCCAAAUAUAUCUGGCUUGGUUUUGCAAGAUGGCAACACAAACAUUCGUGUAGUCAGCGUGGAUGAUAUGGAAGAAAAAGCAUCAUUAGCUGAUUCUCACUACUCGUACAUCCCUUCUUCCCCAUAUUGUAACAAAGAACAGGAUUUAAUUCCAUAUCUUUCUGCGUCGAUAGCCCUUGCAUUAAAGCAGGCAUCACAUGUAGCUGGAGAGAAGGAAAGUAAAUUGAAUCCGAAAAGUGAUUCAAGUGUGUCUGAACCAGAAGAUGGGUAUUUCGAAAUGGGACUUCAUCAGGGUUCUCAGACACUCAAUGAAAGUUACACUGAUUUACCUUCAGGGAAUCCAGAAGAUAUAAGAGUCCAAAUUUUGCAGUUUCUCUGGACUUUUUCAAUUCAGUUACAAAUGGGAAUUCCUAUAAAGCAGUUUGCUUCAUGCCUUGUUUUAACAGAUGAAGUAAUUGCCAUUUUCGAGGUUCCAGGGCAAAGGACACGGGUGGAUCAUCCGACUCAGUCACCCUCACUGAAAUUAGCCUACUAUUAUUCCUAUGGAGAUUUAUUGGACUUUAGGUUUAUCGUACCAGAAACAUGCUUAAUGUUGAAGAUGCCAAAUGAAAGAGAGUUUUUCAUUAUGUCGACCACUAAACACUUGCAAGACUUGUAUAGGGUUUUGAACACUCAACGCCAAGAAAGCUGUUUGCCUGCCCAAAGUGAUUCCGUUUUUCACUAUGGUAUUCUUAGUUUGCAAGAAUUUAUUCAGCAACUCGCCAACGAUCAUCAGUUAACUUUGGAAGACACUGAAGUUAAAGGAUGUUUUUCCGUUUGUCUCUUUGACAAAGAUCAGCACGAGAAGGUGGUUUCAAAUUCACUGAGCUCAGAUCUUUAUUCUGUGAUAUACGGAGUUAAUGGGCAAAGCGUUAAAGAGUUUCUGCCGGGAUGGUUAUUCCUUACGCAACAACACCUGAUAUCACUGAAAUUAGACUUCGAUUUGGUGCCCACAAAAUGUAAUUUACUCGAGAAUGCAAGAAAACAUUUCCAGCUAAAAAAGAUUCCUCUUUCCUGUGUUGUAUUACAUCCCAGAUACAAGUCACUUCUGGAAAAGGAUGGACACAUACUUCAGUUUAUUAUGGAAUAUUGUUUCUCCACUGCUUUUUUUAUUUUACCAGGUGACAAAUUCCAUUUUUUAGACCUCUACAAAGUUUUGAGGACAUCUCUUCAGUGUGUAAAGGACAUCAUUCUGUUCAAAUCCAUACAAAGUUUAAGCAUUAAUCACAGUCCUCUUCCGAUUAAAAGCAAAAUGCCACUGCAGAACAUUUGCAGUCAGAAUACCCCAGUGGAAUCCCAGGCCUCGUAUCCUUCUGAAAAUUUAGUUCAGAAGUUGUCAGAAGAAAAUCAGAUUCCCUUUUACAUGUCCAUAUCCUCGACGUUCCGAUUUCUUUCCGAAAUAAACGCCAGCCACCUCCUUCAAGUUUUUCACAACAGCAUUUCUGAGGUAGAAAAUGAGGAACUGAGACAUCUCAUGUGGUCAUCAGUCAUAUUUUAUAAAAGACCCGACCUGGAAGUUACAUCUUGCGUUUUACUGUCGACAAAGGCGAUCUAUUUUUUGCUAGAUGACUCUUAUCAACCGCAGAAUUCAAAGCUACUGGAUUCUUGGAAUCAAAGUAAGGCAAAUACUGAAAGUAGCUCCUAUCACCUCUCCUACUGUUUUGCGAUAAAAUUCAGCGAUUUGCAGUCUGUUAACAUUGGACUUUUCGAUCAAUAUUUCCGUAUAACAGGACCAUCUCCAUGCCAUGUUGUAACGUGUGUUACAAGAGAUGGAUAUAAUACCCACACCUUUAUACAGCAUUUAAUGUCUGCAUUGUCACUUUUGGCCCGGGCACCCUCUCCAGAACCAGCGGAGAAAGACUUCUACUCUGAAUUCGGCAAUAAGAACAUAGGGAAAAUGGAAAAUUAUGAACUUAUUCAUUCCAGCCGUGUAAAAUUCAUUUAUCCAAAUGAAGAAGAAAUUGGAGACCUAACUUUUAUAGUCAAGGAAAAAACUGAAAUUUCUCCUGAUCACCAAUCAUUGAAUAUCUUAUUGUAUGUUCUUGUGUUCCAAGUGAAUUCAGCCAAUGGGGAUGUCCAGAAUCCAUUCCUUCGACCAAAGACACUUAUUCUGACCAAUUCUGACCUGUUCUUAUUAAAUGAAGACUAUAUUUGUUACCCUCUACCUGAUUUUGCCAAAGAACCUCCCAAGACAGAUAAGUACCAGUUAGUUGAUGGGAGGCGAAUACGAGAUUUGGACAGGGUGUUGCUGGGCUACCAGACGUACCCACAGACCCUGACCUUUGUGUUUGAUGACAUUCCCAGCAAAGACCUAAUGUACACUUUAUCAAUAGACCACUUUGGUGAAACCUGCAUGUCCCCAAAAUCCCAGAAAGCGUGCGUCAGAAGCCGUGAGGUCCAUUGGUAUAUAUUUAUUCCAAGUGCAGACUGCCGUGAGAAAUUGAUUUCUCUUCUUGCAAGACAGUGGGAGAUUUUGUGUGGCCGAGAGCUUCCUUUGGAACUAACUGGAUGAAGGAAUAGUAAUGUUGCAUUGCAAAAUGAAACGAAUGAUGACAGCCAUGUUCGAAGAGGCCAUUCAAUAAUCUGUCAGAACUGCAAUCUAGUGAUAUGAUGGACAGUAUUAUCUGUUGGUUCUAUGUAAACUUAUGUUCAAUUAA